UGAAAUACGCAUGCUGUGUUCCUUUCUUUUGAAGGCUAAUAUAGUAAGAUGGGGAAGUUGAAAGAGUAAAGAGAGAGAACUCAAAAGGUGGGCGAAAAGCAGCGAGGUAUGUGGGUGUCACCUGGAACUGUGUUCCUCCUUUGAAUAGAGAGAGUACUGUCACCAUAGCAGAUUCCCUUCGCCAAAGCAACACAAUUGCUAUACUACUCACACCACAUUUAAUCAUCUUGGGAUUUUCAAGCCCCUCCUUAUUCCCCCUUCCUUAUUCUCUUUUAAAACCUUAUUAUAAAUCUAUCAUCAUUAUGGAAUCUACCAAUCUCCAUCACCUUCAAGACCAACCUCCCCCUCCCCAGACUUCUUCUCUAUGCACCCCUUCUUUCUUUGGCCAACAAUCCACGCAUUCUUGGACCCCUAAUGUCUCCCUGAAUGCUUCUAACGUGAACCCGAAUUUCCAAGAAGCAAAUCCCAGAUCAAGAGCUUUCGCGCAUAAGAAAGACAUUGGAGCCCAUCUUCUUAACGCUUCAUCAGGAUUAGGUUAUCAGUGGGCAAGUGCAGAAGAAAGCUGCGUGAGCAGUACUACUCAGUCAGAUCACGACUUAGACCUCCAGUAUUCAAAUAUAAAGGAAGAGAUCCUAGACGCUUUCCCCUGUAAAUUCACUGAAAUGCUAAACAGCACUGGUGGUUCCGGUAUGGAGCACAAAGAUUUCAAUGCUCUAAGUGAGAAGCUCUUGCUCAAGACCCUCUCCUCCGGAGAUUUUUACUCCACUUCUUCUCAAAAUUUUGCUAAUAAUUUUGGUGGUAUGGGUGUGGGAGUGCCACCUAGUGGAAGGAGCUUUAGCCAGAUUUACCCCAGUAUUAAUAUUUCAAACUUAAACCAUUCUUCCCCGGCUAUGUCGAGUUCUUUGGAUAUGAACCUGCAGAGCUCAGAUCUAUUAAACUCUGCAAGAUUUAAUGGCGGUUUGAGCCAACCCACCCAGGACGGUUUAGCCAGAUUUGACAGCGUUUCUUUUCGUCUUGAUCAUACGCAGCACCAAAUCGACAGGUCUUCAUGCAACUCUAGUAAUCCAUCACACUUCACUAAUGGGAUGGCAGAAACGAAGAGGCCCAACACAACUUUGGUGGAGUCAAAGGCUUCUCAAUCUCAAAAUGUGCCAAAAAAAUCACGAUUGGAAUCGCGCUCAUCAUGCCCACCCUUUAAGGUUAGGAAAGAGAAACUAGGAGAUAGGGUUGCGGCUCUUCAACAGUUGGUGGCUCCUUUUGGGAAGACAGACACAGCAUCUGUACUCAUGGAGGCCAUUGGAUACAUCAAAUUCCUUCAAAGCCAAGUCGAGACGCUAAGCGUUCCAUACAUGAAGUCAUCACGGAACCACAGCAACAGAGCGAUGCAAGGGGUUUCAGGAUUAGGUGAGGCGAUGAUAGAAGAACCGAAGUUAGAUCUAAGGAGCCGAGGCCUUUGUCUCGUGCCACUGUCAUGUAUGUCUUACUUGGCAGCUGAGGGUGCUGGUGGAGUGUGGCAACAGUCUGAUUUUGGCGGCGCAACACUGUGAUUAUUACCGAAAGUGUUUCCAUUUAAAUUUAUAAAAACAUAUUAUUAAUUAAUCCAAGAGUUCAGAACUGACGUCCAGGCCCAAAAAAUGAAGCAUGUGAAUCUGGGCUGGGAUUAAUUAAACACUAAGCCCACAAUGGUUAGGCUUAGGAGCAGUUCAAAAUUCUGAUUUUUUAUGCAUUCAGCUUGAUGGAGCAAAUUUGGUCUUCCUGUGGAAGAAAUCAGGGAGGGACCAAGUUUGAUCCAUCAACACAUCAACCAUGUACCGCUACUCUUUCCUUGUAGCUUCUUUUUCAAAGUCAUUUUUAAUUUAUAAUUCUCUCUUA